AUGGCAGACAUAUCUAUAAAUGAAAUUAUUAUUUUUAGUAUCUACUUUCAUUUCAAAAUUAAUCCCUUUCAUUCCUCUAAGAGCUGUACUAUACUCAUUGUUUUCUUUCAGAUUAAAAACAUUUUGGUACCAACUAUAGUUGAUCCUCAUGGCACCUGGCAUAAUUGCAGACGUAAUAUAAAGAAGUGCUCGGACGAUCAAAUUCAAACCAUGCAAGGUUUUAGGCUUGACUUCUUAAAAGCAUUGGAAAACACUGGCAACUCUUCAUCUAAGGGACUAUUUAUCGACUCUUGCUAUGACCACUGCCAAACCGAAUUGCAGGAGACAUGGUUAUUUGAUGAUUCUCCAUUGCUGGCUAAAACAACAAUUGCAAAGGCUGUUGGAGACUGGUAUUAUGACCGAAGGCCCUUCCAAAAGAUAGAUUGCCCUUAUCCUUGCAACCCCACUUGCCACAACCUUGUUACCGUUUUACAAAAGAACACCCAGAACUAUAGAUUAAUGUCAAAAUUUAUCAUUUAUAUGAAUGAUAGUUAUAGGUAA